AGGCCAAAGCAAUCGAUGCGGACCGGCUGUGCGGCGUCCAACGCGCAGUCCGGAGCAAUCGAGGGCGGAGCGGCGGCAUGCGGCGGGCAUGGCGGCGGGCGGGCCGGGGCCGCGGCGCCUGGUGCACCUGGACAUGAAGGGCGCCGCUCCCCGCGCAGGGUACCUGGCGGAGGUGCUGCCGCUGCUUCGCGCCCUGGGCGCCACCGGGCUGCUGCUGGAGUACGAGGACACCUUCCCGUACACGGGGCCGCUGGGGCCGCUGCGGGCGCCGCACGCAUACAGCCCUGGGGAGGUGCGGGCCGUGCUGAGCCAGGCGAGGGCGCAGGGGCUGGAGGUGGUGCCGCUGGUGCAGACCUUCGGGCACAUGGAGUUUGUGCUGAAGCACAAAGAGUUUGCUCAUCUCCGGGAGGUGAAGGCCUUUCCCAACGCCCUCAACCCGCACAAGGAGGAGUCGCGGGCACUGGUCAAAGCCAUGAUUGACCAGGUCAUGGCACUGCAUGGAGACGUAAAAUGGUUUCACAUCGGAUGUGAUGAGGUCUACUACCUCGGCGAAGGAGAGGAGUCAAAGCAGUGGCUGCAGCAACAGGACAACACUCCAGAGAAGCUGUGCUUAUCCCACAUAAAAGCAGUAGCGAGUUGUGUGGCCUCAUCUUACCCCACUGUGACACCCAUCGUGUGGGAUGACAUGCUCCGAGGCAUAAGUGAGGAGACGCUGGCAGAAUCUGGGGUGCCACAGCUUGUGCAGCCGAUGAUCUGGGACUACGCAGCGGACCUGGAUGUGGAAGGCAAAGUGCAUCUCAUAGAGAAGUAUCGUAGAUGUGGCUUCUCCAAGGUGUGGUUUGCUAGUGCUUUUAAAGGAGCUACAGGAGUGAAUCAGUCUCUAAUCCUUAUUGGACACCACUUAAAAAACCAUCUUCAGUGGCUGAAAGUGGCAAGCAAAAGCCCUGCCGAUGUCCUCGAAGGUAUCGCACUGACCGGCUGGCAGAGAUAUGAUCACUUCUCUGUUUUGUGUGAGCUUCUCCCAGUGGCAAUUCCAUGCUUGGCUGUAUGUCUGCAAACACUAAAGAAUGGUGGUUAUUCUGACAAGGUUAAAGAAAACGUAGAAGAGCUCCUGGGAAUGUCUAACCUGGAGAUUGAUACUUUCAUGAGCACAAGUCUGGGAACCUUUCCUGGGAGCAAUAUCCUCAUGCUUGUGACCGAAAUUAGUUUCUACCUCAAGUCAUCAGUGGAUGAACUUCUUGAAAGGAACAGGUAUGUCACAGGCUGGUUCAGCCCCUACCACAGGAAAAGGAAGAUUAUCCAUCCCAUAAUAAUGCAUCACUUUCAGCCAGAUGCAGUAAGUCUUCUCUCCAAGUGGAAUGGUGUGGUGCGAGACCUCCAAGCAGCCAUGGAGCAAGUCUUCCACAAAUGUACUGUAGAGGAGUGGAUGGAGGAGAAUGUCUACCCCAGCCUCCAGAAGCUGCAGCAAGUGGUGGAUGAUUUAGACGAAGCGAUAAAGGCACAAAAUUAGGGACACAUCAGUGAGUCUGUCUUACUCCAUGGGAAAACACAGCUAGUGGAGAUCAGCAGCUAGUCACUGAGCUAGUUUGUCAUCUUGAGAAUUGAAGCAAGAACUGUGAUGAAAGUGACCUGAAGGCAUCAAAGAACUUGGUAGUGUAUUAGGCUGCAGCUCUGUUUUAAUUUUCCUGUCUUAAUGCAUUGCUGAGCCUUGAAUCACCUGCCCUGUGAAGGAGAUUUGCUCCCCUUGCGUAAGAGAGCACAAGAGUCACAACUUAGCUCUUUUACAAGGCAGGAGAAAAACCCAGUUUCUUCCAAUUCCACUAUUAGUAGUAGUAAGACUUUCUUACAUAACAAUGACCUGGAAGAGUUCUAUGAGUUCUACUCUAGUCAGUAGCCAAUGUGUUCUCCUUUUACAGUUUCUACAAAAUGCAAGAUUUAGGAUACUUCAGACAUGCUCUGGGUCCUUACAUUCUGUACUGUGACUCAGUCUUUCAGCUGCAUUGAAAUGUCCUACCAUGCCAUCAUGACAAGCCCUUCCAUAGCAUGUAGCAGUUGAUUUGUUCCAGAUUCUGUUUUGGACUUUUCCAUUCUUUGAAAUACAUGAAACAUCAGUUUUAAAUCCAGCUUUGGUGAACUUGAGAUCAGGAAACUGACCUCCAGCCUUUUGCAGAAGUCUGAGCAAGGAACUGCUGUUGAUCUGCUCACGAGGCUACAGCAGAUGUAAGAGAUGCACUAUCAGAGCAACAGGGAGCUCUGGAAAAGGAGCUUGUUACCAGCAGUGACGGUGACACUUGGCUGUGAGGGAAAGCUGCCUUAACAUGCUGGUCUUCUAAACUUCUUACCAAAGCAUCAAAGCUAAGCAUCAUCCCAACACCACAGAAAAGCACCAUCCCAGUCACUUUAACAUAUCCAUUUCACCUGAGAGACUGCAGACUCAUUCACGCUUGAAGCAUGGCUGAAGUCUACUGAAUAUGAGGGGGAAAUGCUGUUAUGUUACAUUCUGCUUUAAUGUUGAACUUGUGUAUAGCAAUAUAUUUUCUGGACUUAACUACAGCAUUCAGAUAAUCACCACAAUGGAAAAUCAGUUCAAAAGCCUGGUAGUUAAGUAAGUAUGCUACUUUACCAUGAGUAUUCAGAAUAUUCCUGUUUGCUUCAUUUAUUGCUUUCUUGAAAGUCUUAUUUUGGAAGCACAGGUAUUGACAUCUACUUGGAACAAUCUAUUCUAAAGACCACAGCUCUAGCUACAGGAUGUACAAGUACAGCAUGAGACAAAUCUAACUUAUUUAAUGACGGCUACAGGAGUUAAGUCCAUAUGCAGAUUUUUAGCUAUAGAAUCAAUGGCUAUGUAAACCUUAAUUACCAAAGCCACAUACCUUGAACUAAACAAGAUCUUAAUUUAUUUUACUUUAAUAAAUCCUUUGAUACUCAAGAA